AUGUAUCUCCGCCGUGACCAAGCAACUCUUCUGGACGCGCUUCCUAGUCCCGCAAGUGUGGAAUUCGUGUCUUCCGACGGCAUACCAAGCUCUCCAUAUACUUCUACCAUCGUCUCGCCAGCAACCACUUCCGUUCUGAAUGCCUCGCCCACACACACCACCCAAAUCAAACCGUUGACGAUCAUCGCAGUUCUCACCCUCCUCAUUCUCGCACUCUGGGCAAUAGCUUUCGGGAUUUUCGCGCCAUCCAUGCUCAAGAGCUUGCGUGUGUAUCUUGCAAAGAAGCGACAGCAGAAACAGGCAAAGAGACGAGCGAGGCAUCAACCGGAGGGACUCGGGUUUGGUUACGACGGGUUGUCGCAAGGCGAAAUCGACGAGCUCAGACGUAUGGAAGAAGAAGAAGGAGAGAGGUAUUUUGUGCGAUUGUCCCCUUCUCCGCCAUCGCUCCAAGUUAUUGAGCCACUCCCACCGAUCAGCCUUCCCACUUCAAAGGAGUCAGAGGUAGACAAUUUGUUGGACAAGAAGAAGGAAUUGGAGGUGGAUAGCGAGUCGUAUAUUGAGCCAGCACCUGCCUAUGAGGCGUAG